GGCUAAACCAAUCAAACCGUCGUGGGCUCGAGAUUCAAUUAUUGAUUGCUGGCUUUUAAUUUGGAAUACCGGAGUUCGGUUGAGAAUUGGACCGGUUCAAUAAAGCCAACAAGUUUCUUCUUCCUUAUCGCGAUUAUUGGAGGAGAGAAUGAGUUGGUCUCUCUGCAGCACCCAUGGGGUCUCCUCUUCCAUAGCUCUCACUUAUGGCUUUCGCCAUAGAAGAAGAUCCACCUUCCGUAUUUUCGCCACCUCUGACGGAUUAGAACCCAAGGACGACCCGCCGGAAUCUCCUCUCCCUUCCUCAUCCUCUGCUCUCGGUAAAGACUUGAAAAAGGUUGUUAACAAGACUGCUGCAACCUUUGCCCCUAGAGCUUCCACCGCCAGUAAAAACCCUGCUCUCCCUGGAACUACUCUUUACAAAGUUUUUGAGGUUCAAGGCUAUGCAUCGAUGUUCCUCGGAGGUGUCCUUUCUUUCAACCUCCUCUUUCCCUCCAGCGAACCUGAUUUAUGGAGGUUGAUGGGCAUGUGGUCCAUUUGGAUGUUCACUAUUCCUUCUCUUCGGGCACGAGACUGUCCAAGUAAAGAGAAAGAGGCUCUUAACUACCUCUUUCUCAUCGUCCCCUUGCUCAAUGUUGCUAUUCCCUUCUUUUGGAAAUCAUUUGCUCUUGUCUGGUCUGCUGACACGGUUGCCUUCUUUGCUAUGUAUGCCUGGAAGCUUGGAUGGCUGGAAAGAACAGAGUAGGGACUACUCGUGAAUCAUGAUGGGAUUAGAGCAUGAAGAUUCUUUGUCUUUUCUUCCUUAGAAUGGUACUUCAUUCAGCUUAUCGUGUUAGGUACGUGGGUUUAAGGCAAAUGAAUGUGAACAUUGCUCUAGAAUGAUAUAUGAACUAGCCCCUUAAGGAAUAUUUCUUGUAAAUCUUAAAGUUCUGAGAUGAAUUAUUGUUCAAAAUACAAGUGGGAGUACAUAUACGUUUUGUUAUCAAGAAUGCAGCUGGUAAAUUUAAACAAAGU